AUGGUCAAUGGCAUUGCAGGGUCUGUGAAGACCCUCUUCUGGGCGAUGUUGCUGCUGGGAAUCGUUAUAUUCAUUUUUGGCGUGACCUUUAUGCAACUGGCCUACAACCACCUCCGUACCAAUCCGGACAGCAGUGAUAUCAUGAUUUACUAUGGCACCUUGGGGAGAAGCAUGCUGACCCUUUUCAUGGCAAUCUCUGGAGGCAUCGACUGGAAAGAUGCCGUUGCUCCUUUGAGCACAUUGAGCGAGAUUAUUGACUAUUUGAUGGGGGUGUAUGUGUUCUUCACUGUAUUUUGUUUCAUCAACGUUGUAACAGGCAUUUUUGUGGACAACGCCAAGGCGCUCGGUGAGCAAGAGAUGCUCCAUCAGCGUGCAGGGCAGUAUCUUCGCCGAAGACGCUGGGUCAAAGAGGUGGUUAAGCUUUUUGCGAAAAUGGAUAUCAGCGCUGAAGGCGAUUUAUCCUAUGAAGAGUUUGCAGCAGAGAUCCAGGAUGAACGGGUGCAGGAGUGCUUCCGCCAUUUAGGCAUCAAUGUGGAGAACCACACAGCUGACGAGCUGUUCGAGCUUUUUGACGUAGAUGAAGAUGGCAAGAUCGAUCCCCACUCUUUCGAGCAGGCAAUCCGGCAAUUUCACGGUGCUGCCAGAAGCAUUGAUGUUUACAAGCUUCGGAGAGAUACGCAGAAGAUCAGCAAACAGCUGUAUGCUUUGUCUCACGCAUUGGCAGAUCAACAUGGUCACUAUGAGCUUCCCCCGCACAAUAACCUCUUGGAGUGA